AUGACAACAAGACAGGACGAGCGCGGGUGGACGCCGCUCGACUGCGCCGACGAGGCUGGCGAGGUGGAGGUGUCCAAUCUUCUCGUGGCCCAUGCGCCUGAUGCCGAUCUCGGCAAGGGCGGAGCGAUGCAUCCUGUGCUUGCAGCUGCCGUCACAGCUGUGGAGAACUAUGGGUGGCAGGCCGUGCAUGAAGGCCGCCGAGAGUGGACAGCGCUGCACUGGGCGGCAUCUGAAGGCAACAAGGCAUUGUGCGCACGCCUGCUGCUGCAUGACGCGGACCCUAGUCAGGUGGAUCAAGCGGGCCGCAGUGCUUUGGACUACGCUCGAAAUGCUGGGCACCGCAGCACCUACGAGAGUUCAAGCCCGCUCCGGCGGCAUAUCCCCAAUCGCUGCGGCUACCUCCCGGCUCUUCUGAAGGGAAGAUCCAGGAAGCAGAGCCCUGACGAGGACAAGGAGAUAGGUAUUCACAACGAGCUCUUGGCAUCAGUCUCCGACCUUUCCGAUCUGGAACUCAGUGUGUUGGGCAGUGUCGAUCUUAGUGAGCAGCCGGCUCUUCUCAAGGAGUUAAAGCUCCACGGAUGUCGGCUGUUUGGUGUGCCUGAGCCUUAG